CCACGCUCAGUUGUGUGCUAGAGUCGGAACCUGUUUCAUAACCUCUGUUUUUGGUCGGGGCGCGCGCGCCACACCACCAGUGGACUCGGCUCGGGAUAGAAUGGUGACACCUUCCACCAACAGAAGAAAACGGAGUGAGUGAGUGAGUUUUCACUCGGAAAAGGAAAUUGAAGGAAGAUUUUUCUUUUUCCCGUGAUGGCGAACCGAGAUGAAACUGGAUUUGGAUAGUGAUUUACGGCUUGGGGGUUGUGAAAUGACCCCUUGAGAGGGAGGUGGGGGCCCGAAAUCCGACCGGAUUGUGACACAAGGAAAACGGGAAAAGCCAGGGCGAAUGUUUGUGUACUAAUUUAUUGAUUUUUCGCCGUGAAUGAAAAUUGCCUCGGCGCGCCACAGGAGGAGAGCGAGAAGAACAAGUUGGAGGAUUCGGGAGUGAUUCUGGCGCGUGAGCUGGUGAGUGAGGAAGAAUUCUAACCAUCAUCGGAGUGACAGAUCAGCGAGUUUAGGGGAAGAAUCAGCGCUGAAAGUGGAUCAGCAGUGAUCGAAAGGGUGAAAAUCAGAGGACCCUCCACUGGCUGACUGUUUCCGGCAGUAUCAAUGAGCGUGGCGCUGCUCCUCGUUGGCGAUAAAAUUGCCAUUAAAUUCUGCGGCGUGGCGCGGGAAAAUUAAUGACAAUUGUUUUUUUCUGCGCUCUCGCUGGUCCCCCAACUUGGCACGAAGAAUUAUCGCAGGGCGCCAUAAAUUAUAGCAGCUGAUCGCGGCGCGGUGAUACCCAAAGGGAGGGUGUGCAGAAAAAAGGAGUUAUGGUCACGUGGCUUGAAGUGGAGCAACCGCCCACCAUCCCACCCCCACCCGGAAAAUAGAGUGUUGGUCAAAUAAUAAACACACGUAGUAACGAGCACCCUCGACAGGAGAGAGCGACGGAGUGGGUUGUUCUGGUCCUGGAACUGAUGCCUCCCACAAUUACACACCCACUCGGCGCACAACAGCAGCCGCUAGUGAAUGAAUGAAAACAUAUCAAAUUGUUCGUGAAAAAAUAAAACACAGAAAAAACAGCGAAAAAUAGUGGCUACUUGCAGUGUGGUGGACCAUUACAGUUUGGAGUGGUCGGUGUUCUGUUUGCCACAAUUGUUUUCCGUGGAAAAUCGUUUUUCCUCUCCCCGUCGAGAGCACCACGGGGUUGUUGGGGAAAUCGAAUUUUAAACUUGCAUUAAAUCGAAUCCAUCGCAAUCGUAAAUGUCGACGUAUGGUACACUCACAGUUUGUGGAAGAAAAAAGUUCGGAAAAUUUCAAUUUUCCAUUCUAUUUAUUUUGAAUUUGCGCGAUGAAGCGCAACGUGAUUGAAAACGCGCUCUUUUCGACGUUUGCCAAAUUGUGAAAACACACACAGCAGCCGUAGCAGCAGUUAUCGAAACAAAAAGCCGAAAACUUUCAAUUCCAAAGUCAAUUCCGGGGAAAAUUGCGUCGCAUGGAGCCAAGAACAAAAUCAGUUAACUAAACCCACGUGUCAAAUCAAAUCCAAACAAAAAAAAAGUCGAAUUUUAAUGAACCGGUGUCGUAUGUGUGUGUAACAAAUAAAACAACUCGAUCAGAACCAUGGCACCCACCUCGUGUGGCCCCGGGAGGCCACUAGAGGUGUCGGAUGCCACCGAGAACGGGGAGUGGCCCCGGCGGAGGACGAGAACGACGCGGACGAGGGGGAUGCAGGCGCUGAUGGUGGCGUCGGCGGUGACGUUGCUGAUGCUGCUGGCCACCGGACUGCCACCGAGCGUGCACGCUGAGAAGACCAAAGCCUAUCACAUGGAUUCAAUCUGUAAAAACCACUUUUUACAACAGCUGUAUAGGAAAAUAGAUGGUGCUACCCUCUCCUCCAAGAACGAGAGAAACCUAAACUGUGUUAUCACAUUUCAAACACAUUCGAUACUGCAGAGAUUUAUGUUACGUUUCGAUAUGCUACAACUAGACUGUAAUGAUCAUCUGUUUGUGUACGACGGGGCCCAUGCCGUCGGUUCGCACAAGGCGGAUUUAACCUGUAAGGACACAAAACAAUCAGUGGCGGCAUUGUUCACCAAGACGAACUUUCUCACAUUCAAGUACGUGACCGACAACUGGGGCACGGAAACGAACGGUUUCAAAAUGGUCAUCACCUCCGUCAAGGACUCGAAGAUCAACUGCGCCGACUUCCGGUGUAACCAGCCGGAGUUUUGCAUCCACACGGAUCUCCUCUGUGACGGGGUGAACCACUGCGCGGACGGGUCGGACGAGGCCGUCGGUUCGCUGUGUCCGGCGCCGAACGAGUACAUCAAGACCAUCUUCGGCAUCGACCUGACGUGGGUCAUCCUGAGCGGCGUGGUCAGUCUGAUCGCGUGCGUCUGCAUCGUCGGCGUGACCAUCUGCGUCUAUCUGCGGAAUUCGCGCCCCGGUGGGCCAGGUGGCAUCGGCGGCGGCGGCGGCGGGCCCAACUCGUCGAUACAAUUGAAUCAGAUGAUAGAAUCGAACGGUUCAUCGAAGCAUCUGCAUGCAACACUGCCGCGGGAAACAACAACGCUACCUGCUUCGGGAAACUUGCAUCACCCUGCGGGACCAUUAGGGUACCUCCGCAUUCCACACAAAUUGAUGGCCAAAGUCCGUCCCAUUUGGUGCCUGGCAAAUUAAGACAAUUAGGUCCGGAUUUAUCGCAGCAAACCUCACAGAAAGACGAGUGGUUUGUCUAGAGCUAGACAGGAAACACAUAGAGCAACAGAAAUGAGAAUCACCAAAAAUUAAAAACAACAAAAAAGGAACAAAAUCUUGCAGAAAAAAAAGAACAACAACAACAACAUCUUAACAAAGACCAACGAAGAGUGAAGACACAAUGCUAGCAGCUAAGCAACAACAACAGCAGAAAAGAUGAACAACAAGAUCAUGCGGCGGAAACAACAUCUAAAGGAAAGAAAAAAACUAGCACGGCUGAACAUCAAAAACCAACUGAAAAAAUGGCAGAAAGAACAACAAAAAAGCACAGCAAAUCGAAAAAUCACGACCAUCACGCGAAAUGCUUGUGAAAUUAAUCUUCUUUAACAGCAAAAGAGCAACAACAACACGCAAAACACCACCGCGUAAAACAAUGCAACCUUUCUAUUUCACGGAAAUUCAAAACGCAAUCGACGAAAAGAAAAAAAAACCAAGGCGAAAUUAGUGAGUGAACAAGCCGCCGGAAGGAACGUGAAACGGGGGGGGAAGGCAUUGACAUUGGCGCAAAAGAAGAAUUAAAUUGAAGAAGAUGCAAAAAAAAAACAGCUACGAAAGAUGAAAGGAGGCAAGAAGGAUCAGCAAAAUUUUACCAGCAAACAAAACAAAAUCUAACGAGGAAAUCAAAGCAAAAUCAUCCAUUCCGAACGAACAUGAAAAUCACAACAAUUGGAGAACUAUUUUUGGCACUAUAUGAAGACUGUCUGGUUGGUCAUCAAAAACCGCGCAGGGUGUAUAUUCAAAAGGGAGUUAAACAGUGUACCCAACAUCUAGCAAUUAUACUUGUACAUAGUGGACAUAGCAAAGGGAGACGCAGAAGUAAACUAUAACAAAAAAAACCUAGUUGAGAUAGAUUGUUUGAGUUUCGAGUUGUUUGAUCGGGGAAUGGGUUUUAUGAUUGGAGGAGCGUACGAGACAGUGGAGUGGUUUGCGAAGACAGUGGGCUUUUAUUUAAGUAGCUAUUUAUUGGUAAGCAGACACAAACACAACAAAUGUUAAGUGAAUUGUGACGGGAAAAUGAAGAAGAAAAAACCUAAAAAACUAAACAAUUUUAAAAAUGCUAAUCUAACGCAGCGAAUGUAGGUGUGCACGGGUGCGAUCGAAAGUUUGAGGAGUUUAUAAUGUGUACAGAGGUCGAGCCGGAGCGAACGAGUAGAACGAGUUUAACAAUUUCCUUAGAACAAAAAAAGUAUCGGUUUUUUCUUAAACAAUCGGACAUUGGCGCAGUUUAAUCGAUGUUUCGUUAGAUAACGGUUGAAAAACGACUCAGCUGGCACAUGGUUUAUUUUUGGAACUGUCCACAAAUGGAGGUGCUGCCACAAUAGAGAGAAUGGAUCUGGAAAUCAGGUCAAGUUAAAGAGAGAGAGAAGGCGAAACAUGAAUCCGUAAUGAAGUGUAGCAGAAUUUUCCACGAAUGGAAAGCUACUAACAGAGUCUUUUCGAUUUUCCUAACGAGUGCAGCGCAUUGAUUUACAUGAGAAUGAAGCUCGGUAAUCUUAUUGAUAGAAGCAGAAUUUUUCCCUUUCACAUUUGGCUCUUUGAAUUGAUGCUGUGAAAUGGGAUCUCGUUACAUGUAAGGUACCGAUUUGGAAUCUCUCUACUUAAUUUGUCUUUAGAUUCUGGACUGAACCUCAGAGUUCUACAGUUGCCACUUUUAAUUAAAUUUACAGUCCAGUGCAACCGCAAAUAAGUCUAGAAAGAAACUUGUUCAAUAUGGUCAGUGGUGACCAUCUCAAGUUGGUCUCAUAACAACUUGUUUAGCAGUGUUGCCAACCUUGAAAAACAAAUCGAAAAUUCAUGGAAAAGUUAUCGUUUUUGUAUUUGAAUAACACAAACAAACUUUUCAAAUCAAAUUCUUCAUCAAAACACUCUGAACAGAAAAGACAUCAGUGUUGCCAGUUUCACCAACAAAAAAUGGCGACAGAAAUAAAUAUUUUUCUCAACCCAGACUGUCGAGCAACUUUUGGGAUUUCCGGCGUCACAAUUGAUCUGAUUGAGUUGUACAUUGGCAUUAAAAAGUUUUACCGCCCUAUAUUUAUGCCACUCUCAAAGGGGUUUAAGCAUGAAGAGAGGUUGCAAAAGUCACUCUGAUUACACCUCAGCACAUUUCCCACAUGAUUUGAUGGAAAAAAAACUGCACCAGCUAAAGCAAACUCGUAACGAUAAUGAUGGAAGGAGCUGGAAGUUUUUCCCGAGAAAGGGAUAAAUGCGGAAAUUUUAAGCUGAAAACUUUAACAAUAUUGUGAAAUGAAAUUAUCUCCCCUGUCGGCGCCCCGACGGGCUUGGCACAGUUAUUAUUGUGGUUAUCACGGGUGCAGGAUCACGAGAUGAGAUACGGGCCUGGGAAAUAGUUGGUUGAUGGAUGCUGCUCUGUGGUAGACCAAGUUUCGUAUCAAUUUUCCACUCCCCCCCUGUGAGAUAUCGCAUUUAUUCGAGGAAAUGUUUCGCAAAAGUUUUUCCCUCCGUGCAAACAUGUAAACAGAGAAAGAGAGAGAGGCAAGUGUAUUUUCCUCCUGGGAAGGUAACUCGGAGCAGCUAAACAGCAAACUUUGAAAUACUUUUCAUCUCGCAAAUUUACUCAUGCGAGCAAAAUCAAUCAAAUUAAGUUGGCUUCUGAGUACUUGUUUCUCGGCGUAAAUAGAAAACUUUCCGGCGAAUUUCGCUCAGAGUGCCACCUGGUGGCUUUAAUGAAAAGUUGUAGUUUGUUGCUGUCUUUAUGAGGGAAAUGCCGUGAAAUUACUCUGAAAAUGCUUGUUCAACAAAAUAAAUUCAAAAGACUUUUCAAAUUAUUAUAUUGUAAAUCUUCCUACUCUACCAAACAAUAAGACCUUUCAAAAAAAAUUAACAAAAUUCCAUUCUAAAUGUUAUGAGUACUGAUAGUUGAACUUCUGAAACUUCCCAAGACAUGAAGUUAUAAAUUCGGUAGGGAACUACUACAUUUCUGCAGGUAUUUGAAACAACUUUCCGAAAAGUUCUAUAUCAAUGAUUCGGCAACACUGUUUAAAGUUAUGAGUGGUUGAGCAAACAAAUUUGAACCGUUCAGUGCUGGAUGAUGGACAAUUUGAAAAGAAUUGCUUUCUGAUAAAGUUUUCUAUUCAAUGCUAUAAAGGCAUUUGAAAACCUUUAUCGAUUAGUAAUCAAUGUUAAUGAUCUGGCAUCACUGUUUAAAGUUUUGCGUACCUACGUGAAAUUUAUGGAACUUUUCAAGCUUGGCAUUUGUGAUUGUUGAUUAAAAUGAAAACCUCUCUGAGUGUUUUGAAAAAGUAUCUCCAACAAAUCAAAAAGUAGAUUAUUUGGCACCACUGGUAAAAUAAAUGGGCACUUAUGAUAAAUUUAAAGUAAAUUUCAAGACCGAAUGUUGUAAAUUUUGUUGAAAUGUCCAGCUUUUCGUGGGACUUUGAAGAACUUUUCCUAUAAGUCAUAAUGUUUGAUAAUUUGGCAGCACUGUUUUUAGAUAUCGUUACCUAUGUGGACAUUACAGUACCAAUGCCAAAUGUUGAGAAUUUUGAUGAAAAAAAAACUUUCAGCAAGAUUUUUUUUUUCAUGGUUGAAUAAUAAUUUAACUAUAUCUGGCAACACUGUUUAACUUUUUCAAAGUUAAACUUAUGGAAAUUUUCAUGCCGAAAAAUUGUAAAUGGGGUUAAAAAUUACCACCUUUCUUUGAAUAUUUCGAAACCCCUCCUUAAAAGCCAAAAAGUUGAUUAUUCGGCACCACUGUUAAACUUAUUUAAUUUUAUGUUAAGAAAAAAGGAAAUUUUCAUGACCGAAUAUUGUAAUUUUGGUUGAAAGGACCAGUUUUCUAUCGCACUUUGAAGAACUUUUCCUAAAUUUAUUAUAAUUAAUACUUUUUGAUAAUUUGGCAACACUGAUUUGAGAUUUCAAGGGCAGAUGUUGUAAAUUUUGAUGAAUUUCACAAAUGAAACACAUUUCUUUCCAUUGUUGAAAAAGAAUUUUGUCAGACCUUUAAUGAAAUAAUCGAAUUUAAUGUUCUGGCAACACUGUUAAAAGGAAUGCGCCCAUAGAUUAAAUUCACAGUAUUGAAAUGUUAUAAAUUUUGUUUAAAAAUACCACCAUUCGUAGCAAAUUGGAGAAAAAAACUGUUCUUUAAAACCGUGGCUAAAGAAGAUUAAUUUUCAAUGCUAGAUUUGUAAAUUUAGCUAGAACUUUUUUACGAAAACAUGUUGUUGGCUAUAUUUUCAAAAUAAUUUUCCAAAAAAUCAUAAAGAUUGAUAAUCUGGCAACUUUCUAAUGAGAUUUUUUUAUUUACAAGACUAAAAACUAAGGAUGUUGUUAUUUUUUUGGUGCAACUUUGUAAUGAAUUUUUUGCAUAUUUUUUGCAUGAAAAGCAAAGUAAAAUAUGAGGAUGUUGAAAUGAAAAUUGUUUUAAAAAAUAUCAAAGACAUCUAAAAUGGCAGCACUUCCAAAAAUAACCUAAACCAUGGUGCAAUUCACGGUGUACACUCACACAAAACAACACGCAAACUUUAAGCAGUAUAUCCCAUAAUGAUAAUCCAGUUAAGAAAAAAAAACAAAAAUCAGUGUGAUGUUCAAAGAAACAAACCAAAUUAAACGAAAAGAAAAAAAACCAAGAAAACUAACCAACUGUGUACCAAUAAGCAAAACAAAAAAAAACUAAGGAAGUACCCCCUAAAAACCAAUCAAUAGAGCAGCGAUCACAGAAAAGUACAAUCGAAAUUAACUGAGUAAACAAAAAUCACGCAGACUACAGCGUUGACAAGUGCGGCAACAAUGAAAUGCGCGAAUCAUCCCAUCACCAUCACCACUAGCAAACAAAACAAACAAAAGAAUCACUUUCCGGCAUCGUGUGUAGGCUUUGAAACUGACGUUUAAAAAAAACGUAAAACUUCGCUAUUUAAUAGGAAAGAAAAAAAAACUCACAUUCUCACAAUAUGGUCAGCAUUAUCGUAAAACAAGUAUCUCAGAAAAAUAGGACAAAUAAUGUUUUUUGCUGAUAAUUUAUACUGAAAACUAAUCUACUAAGUACUUAUCAGAUGAAAAAAAAAUGAAGAAGAGUGCAGUGGAUGAAGGUUGAACCGUUUCGUUUUCGCUUUUCCAUGAUUCCCUUGAUUAGAAAAAGGCUGAGCAUUUUGAAUUUUUAGAAUUUUUACAACAGAAAAAAAAUCUGUCUCUACAUUGAAGCAAGAAAGGAUGAAAUGAAAAUACACUUACACACUGAAACACAAAAUGAAAUGCAAAUUAUAGUAGAAAUUUUAUUACGGUUAUCCGCUUGAAGCUUACAUAGUAAAGAAAACGAAACAAUAAUGUAUUCACCGAAACACAUACACUCACACACAGACAAAUUAACACACACAAUUCAGGCUGAGCAGUAGUUGAAAGGAAUCUUCACAACUAGCUAAUUAGAUCGAUCAGACGAAUGCUACAACACCAUUCAAAUUAUCACGAGCGCGUAGAACUAGAGUAAAUCGCACGACAGAAUAAAUAAAAAAUGGUCAAAUUGUAGAGAAAAUCACAUGCAUUAAGAGUUUAAGCCCGAAAUGGAGUCAUGUUUACAUGUAUGAUUGUGCAAAACCCUGCUAACCGUGUAACGUGGAAUUCGCUUACCAGCAAAAUUACGUGGAAAAGAAUGUAACCGAACGCGAUGUAACGUGUUUUGACGUGUUUAUUUUAAACAGCUUUCCGAGCUUGCAGAGAGCGCCUUCGCUCUCUUUUGGCGAAACCGGAGAGCGAAACGACGACACAAAAGAGAAUGACGAAAAGGAGCGUUUGAAAUCAGGAGAGAGGAAUUCCGCACUCUCUGUCAGUUUGGGAGAGAACUCACACAAAAAGAAAAACAAAUCAGUGUUGCCAACUUGAAUGUAAUGUGAACUUCACCGCCAUCAAAAGUCAUCUCUGUAAAUAAAUUGAAAAAAUCUUGCGAAACUCGUAGCAAAAAAUCAUCACAUUUCGGGAAGAGCAAACAAAACGAACAAUUAAGUCGGUCUAGUUGAGGAGAAUAAAAAAAUAGAAAGAAUAAAUCUCGUUCAUCUCCACUCAAAGACGUACAAGAAGGACGCGCGAUCACAUCUAUGAAACAAAGAAAAAACUCAUUUCCAAACACACACCAUCAUCAUCAAUUUACUGUGACAAUAGUAAACGGAUAAGGAGCACACACUGAAAAAGAACUAAACAUAUUCCAAGUACACGAGUCUUUUUGAAGUGUCUCGAAAUUGGCAACCAAGAAGGAUCAAUUUUGAACUGAACAACUUUUGUCCCCCUCUUGACAGUAACAGAUAACAAUUACAAUACUCAUGUUAGAAUAAAUAUAACUAUCAAUCCAGAGAAAAAAAUAAUGCGACGGAGAAACGAUUGAAAAGUAACUUUAUUUAAACACUAGAUCAGCAUCAGUAUACACACACCCAGAAAAUAAAAAGAAACGGAAAAAAAUAUUCAAAAUUCUCCUACAUAUCCCCAAAAUAGACGAAGAAAAAAAACACUCUCUAAAAGAAUUGUAAUAUCAAGCGAAACUUGGUCCCACGAAACGAGAAAAAGCAAAUAAGAGAAAUUUUAGUCACAUAUCGAGUUAGAUUUUAAACAAGCAAGACUCCCGCAGGUAGGACUGAGGAAAAAACUAACAAAAAAAAAACUAGUCCAAUUACACGAUCGGAUCAAACCAGCUUCGAUUGUUCGUAAUAAUUUCCAUAUAGUUUUCGGUUUUACACCUUAUAGCUUCAAGUGAUUAAAUAGUUAUAAAAAAUAAUACCUAUAUCACGACCUUAUAGGCAAAAUGUGUUUCACAACAGCUGUAGAACAAACAAAACAAACCAACAAACUGAGCCUUCGUUUCUCCGAAAUCUUCCGUUCAUCAGUAUAACAACAAUUAAAUAUUGACAAAUUAACUCUAAUAGUGUUCAUCGAAGAAAAAAAACCCAUAUCGGUACCUUAACCUAGCUGCUCGUCGGAAACUUCCAAGCUUGAUAAUUUAAUCGGCACUGUCCUACCCCCCCUCUGAGUCACCAACGCAAUCUGUCAAACUGACAGCUCGAAUUGGCGUGCUGUCACUUUGACAGUUCUCGUUGGUGAUCCCCGGGUAGUUAAAAGUUUUUAUUUUGAUGCUUAAACAUAAAGGUGGGAACACAAAAAGGUGGGAAUUAAAAAAUGAAAUUAAUUUUAGAUAACAAUUUCAAAACUGCCACUUUAACCAAACAUCCAGUGUUGCCAACUUCUCAGAUACUCUCAACAACACUUUUUUCGAUCCAUACUGAAGCAAAAUUGUUGUCAAUUUGGCUGAUCUGUCAAAAUGCGUUCCCACCUUUUUGUAGUCACCUUGCUCGAGAACACAUUUGCGUUGUUUUCUGAUGUAAAUAUGACACGUCUACUAGUGAAAAUCACCCUUAAAUUGAGAAAAAAUAAACAAUAGAAACAUAAAAAAAAGCCACAAACACUCCAAACAGAUCGCUUUCCAUAUGGUAGAAGAAAAACUUUGACAGACAAGAAUAAAAAAAAGUGUUAUCCCGGUGCUUCUGACGUAUUUUCCCUCCUUCGAGAGCCUAGUCUAGCGAACCAAAUAUCGACGACAAGUGUUUUACAAAUACAAUCUAUUGAUUAUAGGAUGCUAAACUUUCCCAAACUCGCUCCCUCCCCCUUCCUCACAAUCCCACACAAUCUAUAUACAUGUAUAUUGAGCCGAAUAAACAGGAGAACAGAAAUAUAAACAAUAGAUAUAUUAGCAAAGUAAACACAUCUUCUUUCUGAGCGCCCAAAAUUGCAGCGUCGGCGCGUGUACCUAAGGUAACGACAACUUUUAUCGUCAAACCAUAAAUAAAAACCCAAUUCAAACAGUAUAUAUUGUAGCGAAUGAAAGAAAUUACAGAUAAAUCAUUGUAGCGAAACCAGUAAAGAAAAAAAACUAGCAGACUUUUCCGAUUGAGUUUCAGCCUUUUUUUUUAAAAAAAAAAAGCAUACAAACUGUACAUAUUUUUAUUGAAACCCGUUGAAACAUGAACGUCGAUCGAACGCGAUCCAUUAAGUAAUAUCGUCACUAAAAAAAUAUAUCAAGGAGACAGGAAAACAAAAAAACACACACCUACAAGUGUGGAAGAAUUUAAAGUAAAACUCUAUCAAGCAAACCUAUAGGAAAUAAAAAAAACCAAGAAAACUAAAGUAAAAACCGAAAAAAGAGCAUCACAAAAAAAAUCAUUGUAACAUUGUCCGUGUGUGUAUGGUAUAAGAACUAAGCAAAACAUAUAUAUAUAUUUUAUCAUAUACGAUAAAACAAAUCAGCAGCAACAAAAAAAAGGAAAAGAAAACAGAACCUACGUACGAACAAAAAAAACCUAAUAAGAAUAAUAAAAUUACAACAAGAUAUCAAUUAGCAAACGAGCGAAAGAGUACUGGCGAACAACAACAACAGCAGCAGAAGAAGCAGCAGCAACAGUAAAAAGAAGAAAUGACAGCAUAAACAACACAGCAAAAGAAGCAAAGUAACGUAGCAUGUAGAAAGGAAGGACAAUUCAGAGGAGAUAAAGCCAAAUUGGGCAAACAGAAGAAGAAGAUGAAACAGAAGAAUAGAACACGUCUAAACGCAGCAGAGUAAGGAGAAUGGAGAAUGAAGGUAUAAACUAUUGAAAUAUAAAGACGAAAAAACAA